GUUCCAAUCUCAGAGGAGAGAUCCUCACGAAUCUUCUUUCUCCUAUUUCUUCAUCCUCAUAUCUUCUUUGAGCUACUUUCAAUUCCUUACUCAACCAAACACCUUCAAUCUCCUUUUUAAAAAUCCAGUCUUGUUUUCGGGAGAGGAAUUGGAGUUUACAAUGAGAGCUUUGAAUUCUCAUUUUGUGCUCAUUGAUCUCCACACCUCAUGGCACUCCGCCAACCAAAUCCCAGUUUCCAGCUUCAUUUCAACUGUCUCUCACUCAUUUCCUCGAACACGUCGCGGGCUUAACGCUAUUGCUUCCUCGUCCCACUCCCCGGCGCCUGAAAUUCGCAGACCCUCGGAUCGCUUCUUUUCUGGAAAUGGGUCGUUUCUCAAUUCUCCAAAUCUGGCCUCUACAUCGUCGUCUUCGCGAUCAGAGGCGGAGACGGAGCUCGAGAUGUUUCUUGAGUUGUUGCCUUUGAAAAUGAAAAGAGAGUUGAACAAGCAUGAGGAGAUUGAGCAGCUUAUUGAGGUUGUUAUGGAUUUGGGACGGAAGCCGAUUGCGAGGUUUCCUUCUGGGGAUUGGAUUAUAUCAGAAAGUCCUAUAAAGGAAGAAGACCUACGCCACGCAAUAUCCAAGGUUGGCGAUUUUUCAGAUGAUAACCGCUCGGGUAUUAACAAUUCAUUGCAUCGUAUAAGUGCUAUAAGAAAUCGUAAAAUGCAAAUUAUUGGCCUCACUUGCCGGGUGGGUAGAGCUGUCUCUGGAAGUGCCGAGAUUUUACGCGACUUGAUUGAAGGGGGAGGAUCCAUUUUGGUUAUUGGACCUCCUGGAGUUGGAAAGACAACUUUAAUAAGAGAAAUUGCGAGAAUGAUGGCAGAUGAGAACAUGAAGCGUGUCGUCAUUGUGGACACGUCUAAUGAAAUUGGGGGUGAUGGAGAUGUUCCUCAUGCGGGAAUUGGUCGUGCUAGGAGGAUGCAGGUUCCUAAUGUGAACCUGCAGCAUAAUGUUAUGAUUGAGGCAGUUGAAAAUCAUAUGCCUGAAACAAUUAUUAUUGAUGAAAUCGGAACAGAGCUUGAAGCAUUAGCUGCUAGUACCAUUGCUCAAAGAGGAGUUCAGCUGGUUGGAACAGCACAUGGAAUGACUAUAGACAAUAUAAUGAAGAAUCCUUCUUUGCAGAUCCUUGUUGGUGGCAUUGAGAGUGUCACCCUUGGUGAUGAGGAAGCAAAGAAAAGGAAAGUGCAGAAGACAAUCCUUGAGAGAAAAGGGCCUCCAACAUUUACUUGUGCUGUUGAGAUGAUAUCUAAAACAGAGUGUCGUGUUCAUCACAGAUUAGAUGCAACUGUAGAUGCUAUACUAGCAGGAAAAUGUCCUCUGUUUGAAGUCCGUAAAAUGGAUGGUGAGGCUAACAAUUCUCAAAAGGCUAUUCCAAUAUCCAAAAAACCCAGCUCAGAUAUGUCUGAUUCGACGGUAGAUAAUGAAUUGGUUGCUGAUUUAGAAUCUGAUAAUGAAGAAGAAGAACAUUCUUCCAGCCAUUCCAAGAAAUCGAGCAAUGAUGGAUCUGCGAACAAGCGUAAUUCGCCAGUACGCAUAUAUACUUACAAGAUCCUUGAGGCUGAUCUACUGCAAGUUGCAACAGUGAUGGGGAUGGAGGAUCAAAUCGAUGUAGUUGAUGAUAUUGGCAGGGCCCAUGCAAUUCUAGCUUGCAGUUCUGAAAUGAAGGAGAACCCUUGGAUCCGUAGUGUAGCAAAAUUCCACCAGUUGCCUGUAUUUGUUAUGAAGUCAAAUACCAUGGCACAGAUGGUGAAAGCAUUUCGCAUGAUUCUUGGAAUGGAAUCAUUUGGCUCUUCGCCAAAGCAACCAUUCAAAAAAUCUAUUGACAUUGAAAUUGAAGAAGAUGCACCAGAAAGAAAACCAUCGCUGGAAGAGAUCGAUGCCUUGGAGGAGGUUCGUCUUGCAAUAGAGUACAUUGUGAUUCCUGGUGGAGAAGCAGUGGAGCUUCUUCCAAGACGCUCGGAAAUAAUUGCGCGACAGCUUGAGCUAGUCAAAAGCUAUCAGUUGGCAGCUGAAAACUCAGGAACCGAGCAGAAUCCAAGGUUGCAAAUUCUCCCUGUAAGAUUAACUAGGAAGAGUUCUUCCAGAUAUGUGAAGUCCGGUUCAAGUUUACAGAAAGUGACUGGCUUGAAAUCAUUAUCUGGUGGCCGUGGAGCAAGCAAUGUUGCUAGGCUGCCUCUUUUGCCUGAAUAACAAUAUGUUGAUGAUACAUGUUUCAAUCAACGGUUGUUGAUACAUGCACCUUUUCAUGUACAGUCAUGUAAAUUGAUCAUCUUGUAAUUUUCAUGUAAUUAUGUCACCCCUUCAAAUGUGUUGGACAAUUUGUCCUCAAUUCUUCUUAAAAAAAUAUAUGUAUUCAAUGCACCAAUAUUUAAUGAAAAGUAAUCUCUUACUAUCCA